AUGGAUCAGCGUAGGAAGCUGCUCUUCGCCUACAAGGUGAGAAGCGAGCAGGUCAAGACAGGCAGUGCCCUGCACAGUGGGAUCCAUACUGGCGCAGCUUCGAAGGUGCCGCAACUCCCAAGGAUUCCCAGCCUGGGGACCCACAGAGCGCAGAACGACAGCUCCGAUGUGUCCAGAUCAGUGCCAGGAAUGGCGAUGACAUCGAGUGUGUUGAAGUUGCCCCUAUUGCCGGAGAGCCAGCUGUCUGAUGCAGAGGCCCUUGUUCUGGCUGCAGCCACUGCGAGCCAGUCCAUGGCAGCGAUUCCCGCUUUUCCGACUGCAAGAGCAUUCGCAAGGUUUGGGAUGAGCAGAUCCGAGUCUGAAGGCAUCUUGCCCAAGCGACGUGCAGCUCGUGACCAAAUUUUGGAGAAGCUUGCGCUAUCCGACCAAGACAAGUCCAAGGAGCUGCCGAGCUCUAGAGCCACUCGUGGUGCUAGCAGGGGCAAGGCAGCACGGAAAGAGUCCUUCAAGGAAGUCUCUGCCCUACUUCAAAUCACCCGGGCAGCGCAAGAAAUUUGCCUGCAGCUUUCUGAGCAGAGGCAGCACGAAUGCGAUGACGGGUUGGGUCAGAAGACGGAGGGACGGCACGGAAAGAAACAGGCCCGGUCAAAGCAAAAGGGCAAGAAGAAGGAGAUUGCUGAAGAGACGCAAACUCAAUUGGAAGCGUGGUGCCGCGCCACCUUGGCAAGCGUUCCAGAGGCAGAUGAGGCGACCAAGAACACUGCAGAAAUCCUUAAAAAACAGUUUGAUGAACGGAUUCAGGCCGAAGCAGAAGCAACCGGGGAGCCAAUCAGCUCUGGGUUGGAGUCGCGGUCAGCGAGGCAGAUGGUGGAAGAUAGUCCAGGAACAGACGCGGCCUCGCCGAAGUCGAGACCUGUGUCAAAGCCAGGCAAAAAGCUUACAAAAACGUGGUCCAAGAAGUGGAAGACUUCGGGGCGCGAUGAUGCCUCCUAUGGUCUGCCAAACCUACAAGACCGCCUGGACCAAAUUCAAAAUACAUAUUUUGGCAAGGCAGACAUGAUGGAUGAGGCAACCGUGCAGCGAAUGAGGAUGGUAUUCAAUCGAUUUCGAAACUCUACUGGAAAUGAAAUUUUGCAGGACGACCUGCCGCAUGCCAUGGAGUUUUUGGGCUAUGUUGUGACUUCUGAAGAGGAGCUCAACCAAGUUGCUGCACAAGUCACGUCCUUUCGGGAGAUGGACUUCAACGAGUUUUUGGAGUUUGUCGAGAAGUACAGCCGGGCCCAGUUUGAUUUGUACCAAGAGAUGUUCGACACGUUUGAUGCCGAUGGAAGCGGGGAAAUCGAAAUCACAGAGCUCAGGAAGUUGCUUCUGAGCAUCGGCAUGGUGGUGGUGAGGCAGAUGAUCGACGAGGCCUUGGAGGUGGUUGACGCUGAUGGCAAUGGUCAGCUGAACUUUGAAGAAUUCAUCUACUUUCUUACUGUCUAUCAGCACACUGAGGGCUUCACGAAAGCUGAGGUAAAAACUAUGUGGAACAUCUAUUCCGGGUUCGUUGCUGAAGCCGUCAAGCUGAAGCGUGGGCAGCUCCUUCAGAUCGAGGACUUAAAGGAUGCAUUGGUUGCAGUUUUUGGUCUCCACUCGGAGGGGCAUGCGGUACGCAUCGCGCACAAGCUCUGCAACAAUGCGAACGGUCAGAAGAGGCAGUUCGGUGCCAACGAAGGUCUUUCCUUUCACGAGUUUCUGAUCUUUGCAAGGGGCUUGCGGAUAGCAGAACAGGCUGAGUACCGAAAGCAUUUCAAAAGGUUCGACCAGGAUGGGAGUGGCAACAUCAAUGCUAUUGAGCUUCGCGAUGUAUUGCAAGCCUUGGGUUAUCGGCCCAUGAGACAGGUGAUUGGGGAGGUAUUGGAGGAGGUAGACUUUGAACAUGAUGCGGAGCUCGACUUUGAGGAGUUCUUCCAUUUCAUGUUGCUUUUCAAGCAGCGAGACGGCUUCAGCCAGAAGGAGUUGCAAGAAUAUGCAGAAGUCUUUCGCAAGUUCGAUCGCGACGAGUCGGACAACAUCAACGUGCAUGAGCUGGGAGACAUGCUGCGGUACUUGGGCUUCAGCGUAGGAACGGACAAUCUGUACAUGUUGCUUGCUCAGGUGGAUGUCAAUCGAAAUGGAACGUUGGAUUGCAAUGAGUUUCUCCGUCUUAUGCGCCUGCAUCGUGAAAGCGAGCUCAAGAGGCUUCAUGACAUCUUCGUCCACCGAGGAGUUGCGCAGGAAGUUCUGGAUAAGGCGAUGCUGCCAACUGCGCUUCAGGACUCUUUGGGAAAAGAGGUGCCGCUCAAUACGGUCCUUCCUGACAUCCCGGCGAGAGAUGUCGAGUUCGAGGACUUCGUGGCGCUAGCUGACCAAGCUCGCAUGACAAAGGUUGUCUCCGAGAGGCGCAUGGCUGGUUUCUCCCCUGUGGAGAUCAACCAGUUGGAGGAGAUGUUCAAACACUAUGACAAAGAUGAUAGCGGAGACAUCGACUCCUUCGAGGUGCAGGAGCUGUUGAAUGAUUUUGGCCUCUCGUGCAGGACGAUUGCAGAGCGACAAGCAGCUCUUGACCAACUGGACGAGGCUAAGCAGCUUGCCGCAGAGGCCGGUGUGCAACGUCCCCGAGGCAAGGUCAACACCAUGAUCACAUUCUGGGAACUUGUACAGCUUGUAAGACUGGUGAAGACGAGCAGAGCAAAGGCCAAGGAGGAAGAAAGCCGCGUGCUGCUCGAAGCCAUAUCCUUCUCCAAGCAAGAGAUCGAUGAUUUCCGAUCAGUUUUCCUCAGUUGGGCCAAAUAUGGCGGGCUCAAUCCAGCCGCGGACGAAGGGACGCUGGGCCAGCGUGUUUCUCUUGCCGAAACCGCAGCCAAGAAGAAGGACACUGAGGAUCUUGAUGAAGAAGAACCUGGCCUGACUCAUUCCAUGUUUCAGAGGCUGCUGCGGUCGCUGGACCUGCAAAUCAACCAACAGGCCAAGCAAGCCAUGGAGGAGAAGCUGAGUCGCGUCCAGAUGACGGAAAAGAAUGAAUUGAGCUUUGUUGGUUUUCUGCAGAUGAUGCGAUGGAUGCUGGACUCGAACUUUGCGGGCAUUAACACAUCAGCACAGAAGGUGGCGGCAGCAAGACAAGAGGACCACUUCUCCAGAGCGUUGCAAAGCCGGUGA